AUGGCAGCAUUAGCAUCAGUCAUCAGGGUGGCGGCCAUUUUCUGUCUGAUAUUGUUAUCGAGUCUAUCAAUACAUACGUGCAAUGCUUCUGCCGUCUCUGCCACCAGUCGUAGAACCAAGGUCAAUCAGCAUGGUGGGAUUAUCAUGAACAACAACAACAACAACAACAACAACAACAACAACAACAUGAUCAGACCAUCAUCAUCAUCCUUGCAAUUAUCUUCCUUUCGCAAGGCGUUCAUCAGAGGAGGAGUGGCACGAAGUGUCGGACAAGCCAUAUUGUAUCCAGUGGAUGCCUUGAGGACGCUAGCUCAAACCCGAGACGGCAAAACCCUGGCCGAUGUGGGUGUGAAAGCGCUCGUCCGAGGGUGUGUCACCACGAGCAGCUUUGCCUUGGCCAUGGGCGCCUUGCAAUUUUCCAUCGUGGCUGCCUUGCGUGAAAAGGUGGGAACUCCCAUUGCGGCAGCCUGUGGUGCUACGGCUUCCUGUUUGGUCAGCAUUCCCCAAGAAGUCAUCAAACAAAAUUUGGUCACGGGCGUGUAUCCCAGUUUUCGACAAGCCGUCCAAUCAAUUUUUACAGAGAAAGGAAUAUCCGGAUUCUACAGUGCCUGGAGACCGACUGUCUUGCGGAAUGUUCCCUUUGUCAUGAUUACCUUUACGACACAAGAUUCCAUUAAGCGACAUCUACUUCAAAAACAACAAGACCAUGAUUCCAAAGCUUCUUCGUCAUCACCACCAUCCCUGUCCAUGGCACAAAAUAUCGCCACAGGCAUGGCCAGUGCACUAGUGGCGGGAACCAUUACCAAUCCAAUCGAUGUCAUUAAAACGAGAAUGAUGACACAAGGGGCCAGUAGUGCCGUCCAAUACAACAAUGCCUUGGAUUGUUUCGUCACCAUACUCCAAAAGGAAGGUGGUCUUCCGACCUUGUACAAGGGAUUUCCCCAACGGUCCGUGUACAUGUGCGGAUUGUGGGGGAUUACGUUUGCGAUUAAUGAAACACUGAAUCGGAAGGAUAAUUCCAAUUGA